AGCUGUGGCUACCUUUAAAGCAACAUCUCCCACACCGGUCCUUUCUCCACCCACAUCCUCUUCGACACCCCGAUCCUCUCCACCACACCCCACUUGUCUCUCUACAUUUGCUCGUCCUCCUGUAUAAGAGGUGCACCGAGGCGACACACCCUUAGGGCUUCGUCCUUUCGCUUCUCUUUGCUGUCUCUUCGAGAGAGAUUGCUCCUACUCCCCUUCCCUCAGUCCUCUCACACACAUACAAUGGCGAGGCGGUCAAGAAGCGGCAACUCGUCGCGCUCGGCGUGGUCCGUUGCCUUUUACCUUCUUCUCGUCUUCGUUGGGGGCUUGAUGCUCGCGUCGACCGUACGGGCAGACGAUGAUCAGGAGCCGCUCAAAGAGAACAAUUCGGUCCAGGGACCUGUCAUUGGUAUCGAUCUGGGAACCACCUACUCAUGUGUGGGUGUGAUGAAGAACGGAAAGGUGGAGAUUAUGGUCAACGAUCAAGGUAACCGGAUAACACCGUCUUGGGUCGCUUUCACCGAUGAGGAGCGUCUGGUCGGUGACGCCGCAAAGAAUCAAUACGCUAGCAACCCCCACCGGACCAUCUUCGAUAUUAAACGAUUGAUUGGGCGCAAGUUCUCCGACAAAGAUGUCCAGGCCGAUAUGAAGCACUUCCCCUUCUCCGUUGUUAACAAGGGCGGUCAACCCCGCGUCAAGGUCGAUGUCCACGGCAAGGAGACCACAUUCACCCCCGAGGAGAUCAGCGCUAUGGUUUUGGGCAAGAUGAAGGAGGUCGCUGAGAGCUAUCUCGGCGAGACCGUCACCAACGCCGUUGUUACCGUCCCAGCCUACUUCAACGACGCUCAGCGAGCGGCUACCAAGGACGCUGGUACCAUUGCCGGCCUGAACGUUCUCCGUGUCGUCAACGAACCUACCGCCGCCGCUCUCGCCUACGGUCUGGACAAGACUGACAAGGAAGAGCGCCAAGUCAUCGUCUACGAUCUUGGAGGAGGAACCUUCGAUGUUUCCAUCCUUACCAUUGACAACGGCGUCUUCGAGGUCCAGGCUACCGCUGGUGACACCCAUCUCGGUGGUGAAGAUUUCGAUAACCGUGUCAUCAACUACUUCGCCAAGAAGUACAACAAGGAGAAGAGCGUCGAUAUCACCAAGGACGCCAAGACCAUGGGUAAGCUGAAGCGUGAGGUCGAGAAGGCCAAGCGAACUCUCUCUUCCCAGAAGACGGCCAAGAUUGAAAUCGAGUCCUUCCACGCCGGCGAGGACUUCUCUGAGACCCUUACCCGCGCCAAGUUCGAGGAGCUCAACAAUGAUCUUUUCAAGAAGACGCUCAAGCCCGUCGAACAGGUUCUCAAAGACGCCAAGAUGAAAAAGAGCGACAUUGACGACAUUGUCCUCGUCGGUGGCUCCACCCGUAUCCCCAAGGUCCAGGCCAUGCUCGAGGAAUACUUCGGCAAGAAAGCGCGCAAGGAUGUUAACCCCGAUGAGGCCGUUGCCUAUGGUGCGGCUGUCCAGGGUGGUGUCUUGUCCGGUGAUACCAAGGCUAACCAGGUCGUUCUCAUGGAUGUCAACCCGCUCACUCUUGGUAUUGAGACUACUGGCGGUGUCAUGACCCACCUCAUCAAGCGCGGCACCACCAUCCCGACCAAGAAGAGCCAGAUCUUCUCCACCGCUGCGGACAACCAGCCCGUGGUCUUGAUUCAGGUCUAUGAGGGUGAACGUUCUAUGACCAAGGACAACAACAUGUUGGGCAAAUUCGAACUCACUGGCAUUCCUCCCGCACCCCGUGGUGUUCCUCAAGUCGAAGUGACAUUUGAGCUCGACGCCAACGGUGUCCUCAAGGUCAGCGCCGUCGACAAGGGCACCGGCAAGGGCGACUCCAUCGCCAUCAACAACGACAGGGGCCGUCUAUCAGCCGAGGAAAUCGAGCGCAUGGUUGAGGAAGCCGAGAAGUACGCCGAGGAAGACAAGGCAACCCGCGAGCGCAUCGAGGCAAGGAACGGCCUUGAGAACUACGCCUACAGCCUCAAGAACCAGGUCGCCGACGAGGAAGGCCUCGGUGGCAAGAUUGAUGAGGAUGACAAGGAGACGCUCCUCGAAGCCGUCAAGGAAACCCAAGACUGGCUCGAAGAAAACGCCGCCACGGCCAACGCCGAGGACUUUGACGAGCAGAAGGAGAAGCUCAGCAGCGUCGCUUACCCGAUCACCUCGAAGCUGUAUGGCGGCGGAGCGGGAGGCAUGCCGGAUUACGAUGGCGAUGAGGAUGCGGGGCACGAUGAGCUAUAAAGCGCCUUCGAGCGAAGAAGACAAUUGUGUUUACGUGUGAAUUGAAAUGCAUUGGUUAGAAGAUAUUCAUGAUUUUUAAAGGCGGGGGUGGUGGCCGUGCCCGAUAAGUGAUGGGGUCGGCUUUUGGAGUGGCACGACGGGGAUGGGAGUCAGGUGCGCAGGGUUAUGUAUAAAAUUCAUGAAGAUCGAUUUCUAUUGCUAUAAGGUGGCU